AUGGGUUGCUGUGGCUGUGGAAGUUGUGGCGGCUGCGGUGGCUGUAGCGGUGGCUGUGGCGGCUGUGGCGGCUGCGGCGGCUGUGGCGGCUGUGGCGGCUGCGGCGGCUGUGGUGGCUGCGGUGGCUGUGGCAGCUGCACCACCUGCAGAUGCUACCGUGUGGGCUGCUGCUCCGCCUGCUGCCCCUGCUGCUGCGGCUGCUGUGGGGGCUGCUGCAGUACCCCCGUGGUCUGCUGCUGCCGCCGCACCUGUGGCUGCAGUUCCUGUGGCUGUGGCUCAUGUGGCUGCGGCUGUGGGAAGGGCUGUUGCCAGCAGAAGUGCUGUUGCCAGCAGAAGUGCUGUUGCAAGAAGCAAUGCUGCUGCUAGGCGGCCGGCGGGCCUCUGGGGAAGUGCUGCAGGUAACCAUGCUAUAGGUAAGACUUCCCCCUCCCUUUCUGUCAGCUCCUUUCUGACUUUUAAGUCACAAGGGUGACCUGAGCCUGGUCACCAACCCAUAGGAAUCCCACAUUCUGUGGUUUCUGUCAUCCUGUUUGCAUUUAAUAAACACCAGCCAAAGUGUAGAUGGACAGCCUCCUCUGUCCAUUAACUUUCAAAUAUUGCCCUUGACAAAAAUGAAUCAAGAUAGCUAAUGUUUUGUGUUCUUGAAAUGCCUUUAACUUUGUGUUUAUUUACGUCCUGUUUUUACCAUUGCAUUGCCAUCUCUGUAAAUGCAAAACAACUCUUUUCUUAAUAAAUUAUACUAAAUCAGCCUCAAAGACCUUUGUUGUUGUUGUUGUUUGUUUGUUUUUGCCAGUCUCUAAACUAUCUAUCCCUUGGGAACAAUGCAUUUCAAUCUCAACAUGAAGUAGGUAGUGUAUAGGUGAACAUGACAAUGAGUUAAAAGCAAGAGAAGUUGUUUGCAAUGGAUAUAGAUGGGUUAGUAAAUGGUUAAUCCAUUGUGGGUCUAUCAAGAAGCAAAGAACUCAGGGGGCACAUCCUUUAUCUUGGCAGCAGAAGGUCAUAAACUAAACUCUUCCCAAAUCUCUCUUCUGAUAGAGUCAGCAACAGCAGUCUGAGUACAUGAAAAUUCAUACAGAUUCUGUGUAGUCAUUUGAUCACUUAAGAGCAUUGUCACUUUUGAGGCUUAUCGUUUAUGAUGCUCACUUUUUUCUACUACUAGGGUCUUUUUCUACU